AUGAACAACGAGAACGACGAGGACGACGAGAAUGACGAAAAUGACACGGAUAUGGCUCUUUCUGAUAAGGAGAGCGAGGCCGAACAGGACGAAUAUAUCCCUGCAGCAAAGGAGCCUGCUAAUCCUGAACCUAAAAAUACAGCUAACCCCGCUCAACGACCACGGACUAGGUCUGCGGGUAGAUCUCGCUCAAGCAGCAGAAAGCCCAGAUCAAAGACCCGCCCUUUAAGAGACCAACAAGCAGUCAGCCAAGAACCAGACGCUCUUAGACGCGUUGAAAUUUCGCUUCCCCCCCCUACAAAUAAGAGUAUUCCUGUAAAAAACAUGUAUCUCAAGACUCUACCAGCAGCUGCCCUGAAGGAUGCUAUAACAGUCGAAGCUACUAACGAGGAAGAAUCUGACUCGGACUCGGACGACCCUGACAAGCUAGACGAGGUCGAAGCUACAAGCCACGAUAUUAUCUAUGUCCCUAAGCCUAAAACAGCUAAAAUAACCAUAGCAGCCAGGCCCCAACGACCACCUACCCGCCCAGCCGCGCCACCCCCCAAGGCAAUAAAAGGAAAAGCGAAGCAGCUAGCUAGAGUACCUCAGCAUAGCCCGCCAAGCAGUCCUCCACAACGGGACCGGUCUCCAGCAAAGAAGAACAGACUUGCUCACUCUAAUGAGUAA